CGGGUGUGUGGGGGCUGGAUUGGGGCUGCGGGAGAGGAGGCAGCCGGUGCUCAACACGACAUGAACCUGUAGCAGCCCAUCCAAGAACAACUCGGGUAAGGAUAAUGGCUCCAACACCUGGAUCAAACAGAUUUCGAGAAGUGGAUGUCACUCCAUGCCGUGGAUACAAGAAUCUCCAUACUGGAAUAAAAAUACAAUCUCAGCAGCUCUUUGCAAAUAGAAGGAAGAUCAAUGGAUCUCCUAAUGAGAAAGGAAAAAUCUCUCUUACUCCACGGCAUCGAUUGGUAACACCUUUAAUUUCAAACACACUUGAUCAUCUGAUGUCCAGUAUUGAAAAGAGCCACAAAAAAUCAGAAAAACCAGUCAGCCCAAAUCUUGCAAUGCUUAGAAUGACUCCAGGUCUUCAACAGAAACAAAAGCUCUUGCAGGAAAAGCAUCUAAAGGCAAAAUCGUCAGUGGACAAGAUUCCUAUAGGUGGUGGAAUUAGUUUAUGGCCAGAAAUGGACAAUAUGAGACUUACUAAAGGAGAAGUAAUCGGUCUUGCAAUAACAUCCUUCCUGCUGAGUACUGCUGUCUUCAUCAUGUUUGAAUACCUGCAUGGCCCAUUACUUUUGAAUUUAAAUUUGUAUAGUGGGAGAGUGAGAACAUUUCACAGGAAUCAUCCUGUUUCAAGCACCUCUGAACUAGUCCUCAACCAAUCACUAGUAAGGUGGCACAAAGAUUUCUGGAAGUUAUUGGAUAAGAUUCAAUGGCAAUUUGAAGCACCUUUUCAUGUGACCUUCAUUCUGUAUGUAAUGCUGUACGUUGCUGGGAUAAUGAUACUGCUUUACUACCUCAUAGAUAACAUGAUUCAGAAAAGCAGACUUACUCCAAAGAGAACAAAAAUCUGGUUGGCUCUGCUGGUAGUUGCUGCUUCAUGGACUUUGCUCAUGUUGAAGCUGCUAAUUGCUGCUCAAAAUCUUGAACAUGCAAUUGAAGGAACAGUGUACCGAUUAAUAGAAGAACUGGCCGACCUAGCAGUAUCAGGGCAUGAUCUUCGCUGCUACCAUGACAUUGUUAGCUACUGGCGAUUCCGAUGCCUUCCUCCAACAAAACGGGGGAUUUUGAAAAUAUUUGGGUUAAUAAAAGUCCACGACAUCUCAUUUUACCUUCAAUAUUAUAGCCUGCCUGUAAUUACAGCAUUGUGCACACCAGUUAUUAAAUUAUUACUUGCAUUAAAGGCAAUCUACACCAGGCCAUAUGUCAGCUAAACACUGUAACCAUUUUAAUUUUCAUCCAUAUCAGAAUACUUUAAUAUGUAAAUAUUCUAUCCGUUUUAUAAUUUAAAUUACUAAUCAUACUUUGCAUAUUAGAAUAAUGUUGAUAUUAAGUCAGUUUAGAACAUCUUCAUAAGCAAUUUGCUCUAUAACUGGUUUGUAUAUGAGAUGAUCUUUCUCAAGGAUGAGUGUUUUGGUGCAUUUUGUCAAUGCAUUUGUUGAAAUGUAAAAACUGUUCUUGUAAAUUAUCAUGAUUUUAUAGUUAAGUGGGUAUAAUCAUGGCUUGCACCUUGCAUAGACAUAUAAUAGAUCAUUCAGUUGGGUUGGGUCUGAUCAUACCUCAACUGCCCCAUCUGCCUCUGAGCUAUGUAAAAUAGUGCAUCCUUGAAUUCACCAUGUCAAAACAUAAUGAUAAUAUGGCUGUUACUUUAUGUACUAGAACUUAAGGAUUGAAAUUUGUGUAAUUGGAGCUGCUCCUACAGGAGAAGUCCACAACUACUUUUUAAUUUCAGGUCACAGGUUUGGAAAUGUGUAUUCUGCUCAAAUCACCAAGUUGAGCCAGAGAAAUGGGAGGCAUCCUGGUUACAUAUCUGCUAUAGCUUCUGCAUACUUAGUAGAUUUUAAUAGUAAUCAAGAAAAUAAAGGAAACUGCAGAUAAAGGAAAUCCUUGAUAAAAAUGAAAUGCUGGGAAAGAACAGCUGGCAGCAUCUGUUGAAAGGGAAUUAAUGUUUCAGAUUGAUAACUUUUCACUGAAAUAUUAACUUUGUCCACACAUGCUGCCUGACCUGCUAAGCAUUUUCAUUUUGUUAGUUAUUCUAACGUAGGGUGUGAACAAUGCUAAGUAGAUGACGAUUCAAAACUGAGAAGUUUGAACAAAAAGUGUUACAAAAGCAGUUGUGUAUAAAAGACGUUACAAAUAACCUAUUACUUUGAUUUGAGAGUGAACAAAUCCAUCUAGAAAUCCAUUCAAUUGCUAUUCAGUAGUUUUCUUUUUCCUCUGACCUGCUGUUCCAUUGCAGGAAAGACUUAACGCAGUUGAAUACUUCUUGAUCAAAACAAGUUGAGUUAAUAAAUGCCUGAGAACUUGCGUGGGUGGAGAGAAAGGCCUAUUUAUUGUUAACAUUAAAACUUCACCACAGGUUUUUACGGAGAACCAUAAUUAUUUUGUAUCUUAAGUGUCUAUAUAAAAAUUCAGAUGGUUAGGAUAGAAAAUGUGCUACUUGAGCUUAACAAAAAACAAGACAAAAAUAACAAAAUGGUGGAAGCAUUCAGCUGGUCAGGCAGCAUCACUGGAGAGAGAAAAUUAUGUUAGUGUGAAGACUUUGCAUUGGUAUUAGAAAAGUAUGAGUGUCUUAAAUUAGAGAGCAUAGGGAUAGAGAGGGAAAAACAAGGAAUUGACUAUGACAGGUAUAUUUGGAUUUAUGGAUGGUAGAAAAGGAUGUAAGAAACUGCAGUUCCAUGCAUCCUUCUCAAGAUAAAUUCUUGGGUUUAAAGAAUUCUGGACAGAAUUUCAAUCUGAAAGAAAGGUAAAUACUUUUCUAGCAUCCUUGUUUGUUUCAGAUUUCCAGCUCCUACUGUGUUGAUACCUCACAGUGCCCUCAUUUUCUUUCUCCUGUUUGCCUCUAUCAUCCUCUACUUGCAUCACACCAGCUAUAAUCACAUCAGGUCAGCUUCAAUUAACAAACCUUCAUCUGCUCUCAGCUGGCACUACCACUGUCUAUCAGACAGCGUCUCAAUUGCCACACCAUUUGUGAAAUUCCCUUCAGUCAACCCUUCCCAUCCCCUGUAAACUAAAACCUACUUGUUUCCGUUGUACUGAAGAACAGCAAUCUACCUGAAACAUUAACUCUUCCCCUGCACAAGUGCUUCCUAAACUGAAUAUUUCCUGUUUUUGCUGAUUUUUAAAAAAAAAUAUUUCAAUUUGUGCAUUUUUAUAGCCCUCACACAUUAACACAUUUUUAGGUUUAAGUUGAGGGGAGAUUGUUGUGGGUGGAACCACAAAAGGCUGAUUGUAAUGGAAACUGUAAGGAGCAGCACAGGCACAAUGGGCCAAAUUGCCUUCUGUAAAUUUGGACAUUGCACUAAAUGAUAUUCACAAAGUGAAAGAGGAAGAUAAUGCAGGAUAAUGUCUGCUAAUUACUGGUUCUUGAGCUUUUAAAACUCUUAAGGGAAAUGUUCCAAGUUAUUCAGCAUUUUUUUUUUUUUAAAAGGCUAGAUGUUGACAGUUUAAUCUGAGGCUAAACAUUUUUCUUCCCAGAGUUUAAAAAGUAAUCUUUUCCUCCUUGUCCACACUCAAAAAUCAAUGUCCUAUCCUACUUUUUAUCUUGGGGCCCUGCAAUCCCUUACCUACAUAAAUCAGAAGUAAAAUUGGGAGGCAGGUAUAAAAUCUAAUUUUAAUCUGAUCACUGCCAAACUUAAUCUGAGUCCCUGUAUGAUCCAGUCAAGUCUUAAUGCAGACAUAGUGGACUAAAGGGCCUAUUCUAUGCUCUAUUGUAUGGAAGCAAAAAUCUCUGAAGCGUGUAACUACUGAUCAGCACAGGUCUUAUCAGUGAUAAACUGUCUUUUUGACUGGCAUAUACGCAAUAGCCUGAAUGCGAAAAGAAUUUUGUUUUGGGUAGUUAAUGAAGAACAACUCUCUCAAAUUAGUUCAGUUUCAAUUGCAAAGUACAUAGGUGAAAUAAAAAUCUCAAUAUUCAAACUACCUCCAAAGUGAUUGAAUAAAGGGUUACUUUUAAAAAGGAUCUACAAGUUCUGCUACAUUUAGUUUUUGACUAAAUUUUAACAAAAUUUUAUGUACAGUCAAAAAAUUCUGCAUUUAUUGUUGAAACAUUGCACUUCUGGUAAUUUGGCUUCUCUCAAUUCCAGCAUCUCCACUAUUGAAAGUUGUUGCAUUUUAUAAUGAACUAACCACAUUAAAUUUUCACUUGUUUUUGUUCUGUUGAUAGGAUUGUUAGUAAUAAAUUGAAAUUACUGCCAGAUCAAGGUUACUAACUUCACUUACAUUCUACUGUAUCCGGAAAUGAGGUACAUUAAUAUAUACCUUGAAUGGCAACACUGAGAAUUUAAAAAUGUCCUAUACUUAUAUUAAUGGAAAGUUGUCAGACAAAAACUAUGAUUGUUCCUUUACUUUGUUAAUAAGUACAAUCCAAUCCCUCCAUAUAUAAUUAUUGAAAGUAGGUAGCCAGUAUGAGACUGGCAGAAUAAUAAAUCAACUCUUGGCAGCCAUUUGAUAUCAAUUAUAAUGCAAAAAGCUCAGAGAAGAUAGGUUCUAAAUGCAAAAGUUAAUGCAUUAUGAAUCAUGGAAUUGUUAUUUUACUGAAGGCAGCCAGGAGGCCUCUUGAGCAUCUGCAAGAGUAGGGACAGAAUCUAUGGAAGUUAGAUAAACUGAACUAGUACAGGUUGACCUUCACUAAUCCGGCACCAUUGGGACCUGAGGAGUGCCAGAUUAGUGAAAAUGCUGAAUUACAGAAGGAUCACAUUAAGCAUAAACAGUGCCGGAUUAUCGAAGGAACAAGAUUACAGGUAGUCGGAUUAGUGAAGGUGGACUAUACUUAUUUUCAUAUUUAAAAAGGUAAUGAAAACAAAGGGAACUAUAAAAUGAAGUAAAUAUAUUAAACCUCUAUCUAAUAAAUGGGAUAAGAAUAGCUUUAUGACGUUCAAAGCCAAAUAGAGGUAGGAAUGGUCAUUGUUAACCAAAAGCUGCAAUUGUUGGAAAUCCAAAGAAAAAUUAAAAUUGCUGCAAAUACAGUAAGGCAAGCAACACAUUUUUUGCGGGCAGCAAAAAUUACAUUUCAGGUCAUGAAACACUACCCCUGAAACUUAAUACAUUUGAAUUUUCAUAAGAACUGGAAAUUUUUUUUGAAAAAACCUUAACUUGAAGCAGAUGCUGUCUGAUCCAUUGAAUAGUUUAGGCAUUUUCUGUUUUUAUAAUACUAAUGACUUUUAUAAAAAUAACCGACGCAUUUUGACUAUUUAAUGAUGAUCCUUGAAGGUUGGGGGGGGGGGGUGGAGAGAGAGAGAGGAGGGGUACUGUAAUAAACAGUAUGUUCAUCCAUUUAAUGCAGUAUAGUCCCAGUGUUGGAGAAUGUGAAAAUGCCAGUUGCAUGAACAAUGUUCUAAGAACUCGACUAAUAUAUUCAUAUUUGCACACUAGUAUCAGAAUCAGAUUUAUUAUCACUGGCAUGUGAUGAGAAUUCAAAUAAAUUACCCAUUUAUGUCAUUUCCUUGUCCUUUUAAAGAAUUAUGUUUUACAUUGCAGUUCUAAAUGUAAAAUGAAGAAGAGGAGCUCAAUGGCUGUACUCUUCACGUGAAGUGCCAAAUCUUUAAAGAUGUUGCUGCUACAACUUUACUGCUCUUAUGUAACAAUGUUGCUAAAUUGAAAAUCUUUUGAUUUAUUUUGUAUAAUAAAAUACAC